UGCACAGAAGAAUAUCCAAGCUGGAGGGCAACAAAAGUUCAGCCACCGACUCUUGAAAUCUGAAGAUGUGUUGGUGGAUGGGAAACUCUGUGACUGUGAUGUGAUGGUUGACUGCAAAGUUGGAGACCCUGUGGCUCUGGAAGUAAAGCUAACCAAUCAGAGCAGUCGCACUGUUGGCCCUUUUGCUCUUACAGUCAUCCCAUACCAGGACUACCAGAAUGGAGUACACUGCUACGAGCUGGGUGAUGCUCUCACUUUUAUUGGGUCCAACACCUUCUUUAUUGACACUGUUAAACCCACAGAGAAGGCAGUUUGUUAUGGAGCCUUUCUUUUCCUGUAUACUGGAGAAUUCUUCUUAAACAUUAAGUUUCAGGAUGACAAUGCCAACAGAGAGCUUCCUCUUUCCUGGUUCUGCUUGCCCAGCGUUCAUAUACGUGCAGCUGAUUCUGUCCUACAGACCAGAGGUUAACUAUCUGAAGGAUUCAGUGGUUAAUAACUUAUGGAAUUCCCUUUUGAUGAAUACUGCUGCCCCCGGAUUAAAGUUGCUAUUCCUUCCAGCCACACUAAAGUUUUUAAAAUGCAGUCCUACAUUUUAGUAUUGUCACAGAGAGAGCAGCUCAGUUGUUUUGAUUGUAUAAUUUUUUUACCUGUCCGGUUAUAUCAUAUAUGUAUUCAUGAUUAUUAAAGAGUAGGAUGUAGGAAGGAAUAGAUUCAGUACACUGUCUGUGGGCUACUAACUGUUUCUCAUGGUUUCUGUUGAAUAAUACAGUUCACCUCCCUGUUAAUACUACUUAUAAUUAGAAUAACUGUGUGUGUGUGUGUGUGUGUGUGUGUGUGUGUGUGUGUGUGUGUGUGUGUGUGUGUGGUGGUAGUGGUGGGUAAACUAAUUUAUUUCCCUUUUGUUUCUUUCGUGAUAAGUAUCAACAUUACAGAACACAUCUCUUCACUGUACGUACUAUCUGCUGCCAAGGCUGAAAAUCUGACAUAAGAGGACAAGGGUUAAACAUUUGCACUAACUAAAUUACCCUGUCUGGAGGGUGAAGUAAGGAAUAUUUUUGAGGUGAUGCCAGCAAACUCAACCCAUGGCUCUGUUUAAUGUGUUUCUGCCUGCAGAUAAAAGGAUUUUAGUACCUGCAGAAAAGUGUGAGGCUAUCCACUAAAUCAUUUUGCUAUUAGUCAUUAUGUGGUGGUGCUUGCAACUUUAUUAGUAUAAAGUGCAUCUGGUCCUUUUUCCAUGCUGUGAACACACAAAAUAAGUUGCCAGUGUUAUAUGAAACUAAUGGUUAGCCACUGCUGUUUUAAUGAAAAGAGAUGUUACUUGAAUUGUGUUUCUGUCUUAUGGCACCCUAGUAUUUUUAUGUACUUGGUGUAAGUAUGUGGACGCUGUAGUUAAUUAAAUCACUAAGCUACACAUAACAGGUAGUCUUCUGUAUUUUUAAAAACAGUGCUGUUAUCAGGAGUUUCAUGCGCAUGUUUUGAAUGAAAAGGCUCUAUCAGAAUAAAGAUCUGGAGAUAUUUUUUCAAAACAAAAGAAAUGGGUUUAAGUUUCCGUCAUAUCUCGUAAGAGUUAAAUUGGAGAGAGUGAGAGAGAGAGAGAGAUAGAAAGAGGAUAGCUAGAGGAUACAUGGGAUAAGGAUUUCAGUCGUGCUUAUUGCUUAUUAGAAGUAUUUUUAUAUUAAGGCAGAGAUUUGAGUAGCCUUGUAGCAUCCAAGACUUCUACAUAGACAUGUAGUCUAGAUACUGAAAAGGCAGUUUGUCAUAGGUUCCGACAAAUUCAACUCUGUUUACGUAUUUUAUGUUAACCAUGUACAUUUGCAUUCUUUCCAGAAAACAGCUUGCAUCUUUUUCCUCCAGUAAUAUUUUCAUAGGUUGCCAGUAAGAAUUUUUUUUAAAUCUAUGCUGGUCUUCCGGUUCCCUUGUGGCAGUAAGUUUUGGCUAGAAAUGUAUCGGAAACAGGGUUUUCUAAGUACUGACUGGCUUGUGUGAAGGAGUAUGAGAUGGCACAUUACCAGUGGAAAGACCAUUACAGAAACAUUUUAAUAAUAUAUAUGCUGGGCCCAUAAGGCUGUGUAUAACUUGCUUGUGCAGCAAUGCUAUCUGUACCUUACUAGGUAGAAAGGAUGCACAUGCCAUUUUGCUUCCAGAAGAAUGAUAUUACACCAAAGAGAACACCUGAUGUAAGCAAAUUAAGAUAACUAUCCUUUUUAUGUGUACUGAGGUAUGAUACUAUCCAGUUGCCAGAAGCAUGUGGCAUUUGUUUACUAGUUCUUAAUUUCUUUUGUUACUGCUUCACAGUUUGUCUUAAUAUGAUUCUAGUGUUAUUAAGUGCCUGCUCAAAGAGGCUGGUGUGUGUGUGUUUAUUUGUAAAGCUAUUCUGCUUGCAUGUAAUUUUGUUGACAUUUUUGGGGGUGUGGUAUUGAAGGCACUUUUGGAAGCAUGGUUUUGCAAAGUACUGUAAAGCAAAGUAACAGUCUGUUUUUGCACAUCAUCUUUGCCGGUUUAUAUUCCUGUCUAUGAUAGUUGAUGUCUUCCAAAAACAUGUGUCCAGUGUCAUCUGCAUAGUUAAUGUUAUCCAGCCCAUCCUUAUUUUCCAUCUGCAUAACUACUGCCAAAGGGCUGUUUCUGUCAGUGCACAUUGGUUUCUCAGUGUUGCAAAAUAAUGUCUUUCCAUCCCAUUGGAGAAGUUAUCCCAAGCAGAGUCUUUGGGUACUUGACAAACUUACUUGACACGUAGAAUAUGCCUUGUUCUACAGAAUACGGUAUGAAAUUAGAACAGCAAAAUGGUUUUAUUAGGAAUGUGAACUGCAUUUACCAUAAUAUCAAUGUAUAUUAUCUGCCAUGCUUUGCUGUAAUUAAGAAACGCUAGAACAUCCUUUCAUAAGGAAAGGAGACCAGCUAUGCCCCAGGCAUUUAAUUCCCCAUAGAACCCAUUCCAGAUUCCAUCCAUUACACAAAUGAGACAGAAAAAAUCACUCCCCAGUUCUCUAAGGAUUUGUUUUCUGCUGCUGCUGCUGCAGUACUUGGACUCAUUUGCACUGAAAAGAUAAGACAAAAGAUGCUUCCUGUGCAGUUAUUUUUCAAAGUCUGCCAAGCUCAGCUUGAUGGCUUAAAUAAAUUAGUGAACUCAUACAACCUGAGUAUAGUAGACCCCCCCCCCCCAAGUAAACACGGUGGUUCAACUGUUUGUGGGAGAAUUUCCGAUGUUCAUUUGUUUACAUUAGCAUUAUUAUUAUUAUUAUCAUUAUUUGUAUUAUUACCCAAAGCCAUUAGUUGCAGACUUGGAAGAAAUAUUGUUUAGUGAUACAGUCUAACACUGCUAUAUGUUCUUUCUUUAUUUAUUCAAUCUAACUGGGUAAGAGAAGAGUUCCACAGAGCUUUUUCAGCCACUAUCCAAGCCAGAAGGCAUCAACAAUGCAGACAGACAAUAAAUCAGUUAUAUUGAACAAAUAGAUUAUAAACGUGGUUAUACAAAAUGUUUACUUAACAAGGUUAUUGAGACUAGUUAAGUUGCUAGAAAGACAAAAGUAAUAUUUAUAUAAUGCAACUUUAUUAACAUUGGUUGAGAUCAGUUAAAGGAUGAGACAUUCUAUACUUCAAUCUGAACUAUACUUACUGAUUUGGCAUAUUAUUAACCUGCAUCAUUAAAACAUUUGCAUUUAUAUUUGUUUAUCAGAUGAGUGUUUAGCUACUUUCAGAAGGCUGGAGGUUCAGUGAUGCUCUGUAGGGAGAGCAUUCCAUAGUGCAGGUCCAAUUUGUGAAAUGAUUUUCCUGAAGUUUCUUAUUAUAAUAUUCCUUGUUUAAUUAUUAUCCAAAUAGUCUUGCCUGUAUGGUGAGAGAGAUGACUUUUGAGUCCGUGCUACCUAGUAACUCUUUUCCAGUAUCGUUCCCUGGAAACCAACCUUAUUACAAGCAGCAUUCAUAUCAGUUUAUGUUGACUUCAGAACUGCAAAAAGUAGCGUUAGAAUGCCAGUAGAGCGUUUGCUUUGUACUUGCAACAUCAUCUAGGGAAUUAUUCAGAAAUGUAUGGUGUAGCAAAACUGUAUCAGUGUAGCUGUAAAAACUGUACUUAAUUCAUUCAGUUUUAACCUCCACUGAACUCUGCAGAACUGACUAUAAAUUAAAUGUUUGCCUCUCCUACCCCACUUUUUUUUUCCAUAAAUUCGCAGAGCGUAAUGAUCCUGUAUUGGUAUGACUAAUCAAAAUAGAUGUGUCAGGAUACAUCGUUUGGACUGUUGAAGGAAUCGCAUAUUCCGGAUGCGUGCAUGCGUGAGUGAAUAAGGGAUGAGGAGAUGUGGCUCACAUUAUAGCAGAAUGCUCUUUGUUUAUGGAUAAGCCCUGCAUUCUGCAGGCCUCUGAUUUUCUACAAAACAUGGAGUAAUAAUGUUACUGAAUCAUAGUGUUGCAUCUUGGAUAAACUAGUUCAGCCGAACAAAAAUGUAGCCACCUAACUUGUCUGUAUAAGACCUUCCUUUUUCAUUAAUAGACCUAUUAAUGACCUGACAGUUCAGCUACAUAAGUAGAAUUAAUGAGUUCAGAUUGUAAACUAACUGGAAAAAUUAUACCUGGGUAGAAGACAUUUAAUUUGCUAGUGUCUUACGGAAAGCUAAUUGCUCAGCAUGUCAUCACUGAAAAAAAUGUUAAAUAGAUUCAAGUCAGAGCUAGUUUUACAAAUGAUAGUCUGUAAUAAAUUUCCUGAACUGCUGUAAUUAUUAAUGUUGUAAAGGAGAGCUGCUCUGACUGUUGACCAUACUGCUUAAGUGUAAUUGGACAGAAUGUUGUAUUUACUGGGGAAUUGUACCAGAUUAAUAGUAAUUCAACCAUCAAUAAAUAAACAGAUUUUCUUUUA